GGCCCGUGUCCAUGGGAAGAAGCAUUCUGCUCUGGGCGGGCUUUUGGGUCUUCGGACACCGUGGGCGGUUCUGUAGAGCUGGAGGUGGCUCUGAUGUGCGCUGCGCCGCUCCGGACUGGGGAUGGAGCUGAGUCGGCUGAUCGAACAGAUCGAGAGCGAGGAUCAAGAUAUAGUGCUUGCAGCGCUCCAACUUCAUAACACGGAGAAUUCUCAACGUUUCCUAUUUGAUGUGGAGGAUAGAGAACUAAGACAGAAACUCGGCAAGUUGGUGAUCAAGUUUUUGGAGCGAGAUUUGCAGCCAGCGUGCCAGGUGGCCUGUUUGGGAACUGUGCGCAUUCUAUCCCGGGACAAGAACAACCUGAGGCCAUUCACCACCAGGGGAGCCAUGCAAACCCUGGCCAGACACGCUGGAAUUGAUUAUAGUGAAGAACGCAUGGAUGGGAUGCCUGAUGUUGAUGUGAUAGUUGAGGCGCUGAAAUGCCUCUGCAAUGUGGUGUUCAACAGUCCUACCGCACAAGCGAUCAGCGCAGAAAGCUGCAUGGUGCUUGGUCUUACUGAGCGACUUAAACUUUACAAUGGGAAGAACCUGACACAUGAUAUCAAAUUUUUUGAUUGCCGCCUGCUCUUCCUCCUCACGGCUCUGAGGCUGGACAUCCGCAGGCAGCUGGGUCAUGAGCUGCGUGGUGUGAGUCUGCUGACUGAUGCUCUGGAGAGCACGCUGAGUGUCAGGUGGUCAGACACAUAUGAGGUGGCCACAGAUGGACCCCCACUGGCCCGUCAGCAAACUGACUGUGCAAUGGAAAUCCUGAAGAUCCUCUUCAACGUCACUUUUGACUUGAACAAAAGAGACGUGGAUGAGGAAGAUGCUGCUCUCUAUCGCCACCUUGUGGCCAUUCUGCGACACUGCCUCCUUGUCAAAGCUGAUGGAGAGGACAGAACGGAGGAACUACACAGUCACACGGUGAACCUGUUGGGGAAUCUGCCACUGAUGUGCUUGGAUGUCCUGCUCACACCCAGAGUUCAGCUGGGCUCGGUUGAAUAUCUAGGAAUGAACAUGGACGCUGUCAAUUUGCUUUUAGAAUUCUUGGAGAAGAGAUUGGAUCGGGGUCACAAACUGAGGGAAACACUGAUCCCUGCACUCAACUUACUAACCGAGAGUGCCCGGGCCCACCGAGAGACCCGGAAAUUCCUCCGCAUGCGGGUCCUCCCUCCACUUCGUGAUGUACAAACACGACCUGAAGUGGGAAACUUACUCCGAAACAAACUUGUUCGUCUGAUGACUCACAUCGACACAGAUCUGAAGCACUGUGCUGCUGAGUUUCUCUUUGUUCUGUGUAAGGAAAGUGUGGCAAGGUUUGUUAAAUACACUGGCUACGGAAAUGCAGCUGGUCUGCUGGCUGCUCGAGGACUGAUGGGAGGUCGGACAGUAGAGGGACUGUAUUCCGAGGAUGAAGACACAGACACUGAAGAGUAUAAAGAAGCCAAACCCCACAUCAAUCCUGUAACUGGUCGAGUGGAGGAGAGGGCUGUGAAUCCCAUGGAUGAAAUGACAGACGAGCAGAAGGAAUAUGAGGCCAUGAAACUGUUUAACAUGUUUGACAAGCUCUCCAGGGAGCAGAUAAUUCAGCCAAUGGGAGUGACCCCAGAUGGGAAACUAGCUCCUUUGGAAGAGAUGAUGCAGCACAUGGUGGAAGUGCAAGAGACAUCAGACUCUGACUCUGAUUCAGACUGAAACAGCUGAGUGAGAGAAUGUCUGUGGAGGUGACGGACUGCUCGAUGAGUUUUGUCACUGUUAGUUUCCAUGCUGGUAGAUAUGUGAUUGGUAGCUUAGUGUAGUCUGUUGUCCCAGCAAAAGGGUUCUGGGGCGUCAUGGACAGGCCUGAAGUGUGAACACGUUUUGUAGACAGAGUACUGAGGUGCCUCCAAAUAUCUAAAUGCUCAUAACUGUUGAGGUAACUCUUCCAUCAGAGCAAUAAAAUUACACUAUAUGGUGAAUAUUUAUAAUUGUUUCAUUAAAGAAUUUUUGUCAAUGAACAAACAUUGAUAGGUUAUCAAUGUAAAACAAAGAAUAAAUACAACUGGCAUCCUCACCAUUGGCUUCCAAAACUUUUUCCAGUGGUAUAGGUACCAGCCUAGCUGGUUGUCUGGAAUGUGGCCCUUGGAAUGGAUGCUGCCCCCCCACCCACCACUGUAGGUGUCUUGGCAACCCAACCAACUGUCCAGCACAAACCCCUCACAACUGGACAUUGUACCAACUGGCCAUUAGUCUGGCAUGAGCCACAUUGGCCAUUGGCUCUGUUUGCCAACCUUCCGUCUAGUCUGAGCCCUGAUGCCUUUCUGAAUUCCUAAUGCGACCAGGCCAUCUACCUCUGCUGCCUUACUUCCUCCUGCCGCCCACCACUC